ACCAAAUUGUUCGAAUCAGUCUAAAAAUAACUUUAGGAUGUUUCGUUUCCCUAGAAAUGAAGAAAGACGAAGAAAAUGGAUAGUUAAUUCUCGUCGAGAUCAAUGGAUCCCGGGCCCAGGAGCGUAUCUUUGUGAGGUACAUUUUGAAGAAAAUCAAUUUGAAUGCUCUAGGCAAGAUGGGCGUAAAAAACUCAAGCCCAAUGCUGUGCCAACUCUUUUCAAUGUGCCUAAUCCCCCCACAACUGUUGACCCCACAGCGUCUAAAAGGCAUUGGUUUACCAAAGCACCGUUCAGUUACAUCCAAUUUUUGUAAUGGUGGCUUGCUGCACAGUUUACCUUUAUCAACUGAAGCGAUUUCUGUUGCUGAACCAUCUGUUGUUCAUUUGCCACAACCUUCAGCUUCAUAUUUUGGAGAAAUAAAUUUUGCUGCCGAAGUAUCUGAUGUUUGUUUGCAAGAACAAGCUUCAACUUCAUCUUGUGAUAAAAUGCCAUCUAUUUGUGAAGGAUCUCAUGUUUGUUUGCAAGAACAGCCUUUAGCCUCAUUUUGCAAUGAAAUACCAUCUAUUUGUGAAGGCUCUGAUGAUGUUCUUUUAAGGAAUUUUAUAAAAAACAGCAGACUGAAUUGA